AGCGGCGCACGGUGGCCACUUGAGCGGCACGGCGGCAUCAGCCGAGCCCAGGACACUUAAAAGUCUGACCACAUUUUGUGACCCAUGGCAAAUCACAAUGAAAUGAAAUUUAACAUGGACUUAGAUGCAAAUGGUUGCUGUAAUAUCUCCUUGGAGUGGUUAAAGGAUUAAGGGGUUUGGUUGAUCGUGUGAUGAUAACCAGUUAGGCCCCUGAGGCUGCAAAAAUGAAUAAGACAGUGACUCACAACCCAGUCAGCAAGACAUGCUUGAGGACAGAUAAACUAUAGUUCAAAAGAGGAACAGAGAGGGAGAGAGAUACAGAUACAUCAAUGAUGAGAGAGAAGCAUUGAUCAACUGCCUCCUGUACACCCCACACUGGGCAUCGAGCUUGCAACUUGGGCAUGUGACCUGACUGGGAAUCAAACAGUGACCUCCUGGUUCAUAAGUCAACACUCAACCCCUGAGCCACGCAGGCUGGGCAUUUUGUGUGUUCUUAUUGCUCUUCCACUGAGUGUUCGCCUUUCAAAUUUCCCUAGGUUCUACCUCACCUUUUCAACUUGUGGCCCACUGUGUUCUUCCCAGGUUCUUAAUCAAGAACCAACUUUAUGGACCCAAGUCAGGUUUGUCCCAUGGCCUGCUGUGAACAACGUGCUGUCUGAUACAAGAUUCCAUUGGCAAACCAUCUCUGUUGCCUUACAGAGCAAGCAAAGAAGAUGGAUCGAUUGAAGAGCCAUCUGCCUGUGUGCUUUCUACCUUCUGUGCCCUUUUUAAUCCUAGUAUCCACUUUAGCGACUGCAAAGAGUAUGACUAACAGCACUUUAAAUGGCACUGACAUGGUCUUGGGCUUUAUGCCCGUAAUCAUUGCCAGAACUGACCAUAUCAUAGUCAAGGAAGGGAAUAGUGCCUUGAUUAAUUGUAGUGUUAAUGGCAUCCCUGAUCCACAGUUCAAGUGGUAUAAUUCCGUUGGCAAGCUGCUGAAAGAAGAAGAGGAUGAGAAGGAGAGAGAAGGAGGAAAAUGGCAGAUGCACGAGGGUGGCCUCCUGAACAUCACCAAGGUGUCUUUUUCAGACCGAGGGAAAUACACAUGUGUUGCCUCCAAUGCCUAUGGCAUUGUGAACAACACGGUGACCCUGCGCGUCAUCUUCACCUCGGGAGACAUGGGUGUCUACUACAUGGUGGUCUGCCUCGUGGCCUUCACCAUCGUCAUGGUCCUCAACAUCACCCGUCUGUGUAUGAUGAGUAGCCACCUGAAGAAGACAGAGAAGGCCAUCAACGAGUUCUUUAGGACAGAAGGUGCAGAGAAGCUGCAGAAGGCAUUUGAGAUCGCCAAGCGGAUCCCCAUCAUCACCUCAGCCAAAACUCUAGAGCUUGCCAAAGUCACCCAGUUCAAAACCAUGGAGUUUGCCCGCUACAUUGAAGAGCUGGCCAGGAGUGUGCCGCUGCCUCCUCUCAUUAUGAACUGCAGAACCAUCAUGGAGGAAAUCAUGGAGGUGGUCAGGCUGGAGGAGCAGGGGCAGAAUUUUGUGCAGCACACACCAGAAGGCCAGGAAGCCAUGGACAGGGAUGAGGUAUACAUGAUCCGAAACUCUCUGAAGCGAAGUGACUCUCCCACCGCCGACUCAGACGCCUCAUCGCUGCAUGAACAGCCUCAGCAGAUUGCCAUCAAGGUGUCCGUGCAUCCACAAUCCAAAAAAGAUCACGUGGAUGACCAAGAGGGUGUACAGUUUGAAGAUGUCAAAGAUGAAGAGGACACAGAACUGUCAGCUGAACAAUCCCCAGAAACUGUAGAGCCUUCUACAGAUGUAACAUCCACAGAGCUAACGCCUGAAGAGCCCACACCUGUUGAGCCCAUGGCUGUUGAGGUAUCAGAUAGAGUCCCGCCGCCAGCUCACCUGGAAACUACAGAGCUGGCAGUGGCACAUGAAAGAAACACCUGCAUUAUUUAUGAAAGCCAUGUCUAAUAUCAACUCUGAAAAGCUAUGCAUAUUAAGAAAAUCAGGGGCUGCUCCUCGUAGUCCAGAUGUAGUACGCACUUGCCACUAAGCCUUACCAGGAGACUCUCAUCCCUUAGGUAGGAGUGAUGCUAUUGUAGAAGGGGAAACACCUGUGUGCAGUCCUUGUGACUGGACUCCCCAGGAGAAAAGGAUGCAGGAAACAUCAGGGUGCAGAAUUGAUGCUAUUGUCCAAGUGAUACAAGUUUUAGAGACAAUUCUCUGCCAAAUACUUUCACUGGUGAUGCCCUUUUGGCAAAGAGUACACUACUGUAAGAUAAAUUCUGAAUUCAAGAGCCCUGUCCAAUGCACACUGCAUUGCUUUUCUUUAAAAAAAAUUAUAGGUCUGCUACAAUAGCAAAUGCACGUAUAUGGGUUUGUUGCACUUUCUUCUCAGUCCUUGUUCCUUUCACUGUUCCUUGAAAUGGAGUAGUUGUUGUUAUAUUAAUACUAAUGGCUCUUUCUGACUUAGUCUUCUAUGUCCUUGCUUUCCCCUAGAACAUUUACCUCAGAGGCUUUGGUAUCAGUCACCAGUACCAGGGCUGAUAUCUACAAGUCAUUUAUAAUGUUCCAGAGUAGUCACUAGACUCCUUGUUUUUGUUAUUCCCAAGGCCUAUUUUCAUACCUUGAUUUUUACUUGUUUCCAAUAAAGCUGCUGUAAGUGAAACUGAGAAAAACUUUGCCCAGGAACAGCACUUUAAUAGCCAAAUGAAAACGUGUUUACCUGUCCAAUUCUAAGAACCUUUGUGUGAGCUCAACUGAAGUAUGGUGGUGAUGGUGGAUUAUAAAAGGUUGAGUAUACCCGUAAUAACCAUGAAAACUGCUGUUUUUACAUUUAAGUAACAUCAUCCUCAAAAAAAAAAAAACAACCCGAUCUUUACCUGGAAAAUUUAUUGCUUCCUAAGUCAGAGGCAUUUGAAUCCCUGUAGGUUGUAGAAUAUUGGCUACCCAAGGACUUGGAGGGAAGGAUAAUGAAGAGCUAAUAUGCUAAUUAGACCAAACAGCAGAACAACCAUCCGGACAACCUUCCAGACGAAGCCGGGGCCACGAUGGCUGAGCUCCUUGCAUGAAUUUUGUGCAUCGGGCCUCUAGUAUUAUAAUAGUAUAGGAAACUGUACCAUCAAAUUUCAUGCCAAAAGUAUUAAAUUAAUUUUUAGUCUCACAAGAAAGUUAUAAGCAAGGUAGAAUGAUGUCAUAGACAAAAGACAAAACUAGUCAUCCAAAGGCCAACACCUUACUUGGCAAUGCCAAUAACCAGCUGCCUGGCUUUGGGCAAGUCUGGGUUUCAGUUUCCUUAUCUGUCAGAGGCAGAAGACUUGGUAAGUCCUAAGCACCAUUUAAAUAGUCUCAUUCUCUCACAGAACCAAACCAAUAUUAUCCUUGUUCUUUUUCACAGUUACUUUAAAGAUUGUCAUUUGUAUCUCUAAUGUUUAUGCUGCAUUACUUACUCAAUAAUGAGUAAGUAUGAUUUUCAAAAAUCAUAGCAUUUUAAGUAAAUUGUAGAUCUUCUCCCCCCUUGCCCCACAAAUUAAUCAUUUGACCACUUCUACAAUUUAGAUUUAAUCAUGAUGAGAACAAGUGGUGUUAUUUCAUGUUCACUUAGGAGGAGGGAGACACUAACCUUAAAGCAGUUAUAAGGGUCAUGACAUUGGAGGUUAGUUACAUGGACCACAUUGGUGAUGAGAGAGCAGAUGAAGAUGUCUAGUCCUUAAUCUGCCACUCUCUGGAUAAGUGAGUGACCUUGGGCAGUUCCCUUCUCCAUUCUGGGGUUUAAUCUUUUUAACUUGCAAAAUAUAGGGGUUGUUGUGCUCGUUGAUCACAAAAUCCCUUCUAGCUCAGACAUUUAAAGUUUUAUGGAAAAUUGGUAAUCUCUCAUGGUGGCCCCCAUAGCAUGAGACAUGCAAUAUUAGGAACAAAAAUGGGUACAUGAGGUUGGAUGCUUUUGCUGUCCAAACUUUACAGCAAAUGUCUCUAGCUCUGUAGCUGAGGGCAGUGGGUAUGGCUUUAGGAAUGGCUUUGAUGGGUUUUUUUACUCCUAGAUACCUGAUAUUGAAGGCAAACUCACAAGAUGUGGAGUUUGAUCAGACAUCUCUUGGUCAAGAAUGAACUCUUGGCAUCUUGGGUGGUCACAUAAAGAAAUUAGUAGUGAGCAACAAGAGAAACCAUGCUUCCUGAUUGGGCUCUCCUGAUUGGGAUUUUAUGUAUUUGGAUGCAGAAAAGUUUUAUCUCCAACUCUCAGAAUAUAAACAUUUUUCACUUGUUAUAGAGGUCAACAAACUCUUACCAGGGAUCUAUAUGCCCAAAACAAGAGAGACUUAAGCUCACUUUGGGGUAUUGUGAGAACUGUUUCUCAAUGUAUUCUGUUUUCAUUCCACCCAAACCCAUGUGCAUAUUUCCACAUGAAAAUUACAGGAGAAGACAUCUAGUAUUUCGUCUAGACAUUGAUUCAGGGUAAAACGUUUAAAAUGGGCAAAUUUUUUAUGAAGUAGGAGCAGAAAUGUGUGACCAAAGAAUGUUUCCAUUUUGCUUUUAGCUUCUUUAGACUGAGGAGAUUAUAUCAAAAUGUUCUCCCUCUUUAAGCAUCCAAAAGCUCUUGAUAUAAUAAUAGCCAACCUAAAGGGAAAUUGGCUUACAACAGAGAUUUCUCCUCCCAGAAAUUCUACACUCUUCCUAUCCAUCCUAUUGCUUCUUACAAAGGGAGAAAGGUUCUCCUGCUAGAAUAUGAAAUGUAGAUGACCUUGUGACUUUCAGCUGAUUUUCGAAGAUCAAUAAGAUUCAUAGACAUAUGGCUGUGUGAGUGUGUGUGUGUGUGUGUGCGCGCACACACACACACACGCACAACACAUGUCAGACUCAUUUGGGCAGUUUUAAAAGCUUAACACCAAAUCCCAAGCUAUGUUCCUUGGGUUAUAUGUAGUCAUUCUCAAAAUCAAACAAUUUCGGGUUUCUGAGUCAUCUGGUUAUAUUCUAGCAAUUUUUUUCUUGAAAUUCUGAAAAUAAUUCAGAUAGUAUGCAUAUUUAAUUCACAUAGGUGUCUGCAAACUUGGAUGGUAUUUAUUGUAAAUGAAACAUUUAUACUGAAAAAUAUGUAAUUUAUAGUGGUUUUGUUUAAUAUAUUAUAUUUUCAUAUCGUUAGGGCACAUCUACUCUUCUCAUCUUUUUGUAUAUCAUACUUAAUAAAAAGAAAUACUAAUACUUGACUGACUGAAAUCUCUAGGAACUAAAUGUGAUGCCUAAUCUAUAGAAGUCACUCUGAAAAUCUGUGAAUGUUCUCAUACCAAGCAUUAUUGUGUCAUCAUUACAUCAAGAAUGAUCUGUCUCAGAUGUUUAUAAGCAUUCCUUUUUUUCAAAACUAUGGAUUCUGGAAUCCCCUUCCUUUCUUUUUCUUUUUUGUUGUUUGCUGCAUUUUUAAUUGUGUAUGUUGUUUAAGCUUCCCUUUAAAGGGCAAGUGUGAGAUAAGAAAACAACUUAAUGGAAAGACAGAAUUGAACUAUGGCUCUGUAGAUUAUUUAAUGAACUGAUAACCUGUUUUAAAUCUAAUGCUUGGGUUGUUAUUUAUUAGUGAUCUAAGAUCUGCUCACUUCUUUAGUACAUAAAGAAAAUGUGAGGCACAAUGAAUAUUUGCAUGUUUUGUACAGGCACACUCUCAAUGUGGUGCAGCCAACACAAAUCAAGUUCACUAUACAAAUACCAAUCCCAACCACGGGAGGAACCAUUUUACAAUGGCAAAUCUGGCAUCUUUUAUUCGCAAAUGGAAAUAUUGUGCCAGUGUUGAAACUCUGAAAUGGUUCUGUUAAAGGGGGAUUUCCUCUCAGUGUUUCAUUUGGUAAGAAAAUGGAGCGUUUAACUCUUCUUUCAGAUACUCUAUUUUAUACUCAGCACAGUUCAACUACUGACCUGUACCUAUCUUCCCAUAUCCUUUUAGCAAUCCCUUAAGAUUAUUAUUCCUGUUUCUACUAGAUUUUUAAACUAAUUUAUUGUAGUCUUUAAAUACCUAUCAGAUCUCAUUGUAUAUUCCCACACAUAUUUUGAACACCUGAUAUCUAUAAGAUAUCAGGUGUUCAUAAUAUUCAUUUUUACAUUUACCUAUUCAUUUAAAAGCCCUUCAGUAGAUGACAACAUUCAUUUUCCUAAUGCCUUUCUUGGGGCUUCUACAAUGAUUAAUCUGGUUUGGAUGAAAUAAAUCAGUGGGGGGGGGGGGUAGAAUCAAGUAAAAUAGAAUUGCUUAUUAUGUUUUACAAAGGACUGAGAGUUUGUUAUACAAGAAAACAUAUGAGGUUGGCAAUGAUCUUUAUGAUUCUAUAGAGAUACCAUUUUAAGGAAGCUAAUACUUAGACUACCACAAUCAAAAUUAAAGCUUUAGAGAAUGUAAAACUAUAAAACAAUUAGCUCUAAGAAUAUUUUGGCAUGAAUUAUUUUUUAUUUAACCUGUAACAAUAGCCUUCAAAUGUAUCUCUCUGAUACCAUAGAGCUGCCUACAAUGAAUUAGGGUCCAAGAAGAUGCUUGUAUUUCUGUUUGGUUUGCUAUAUAUCUACUUCUGAAUAUCCUGUAUUAAAAUUGGAAAGUAAAAAAAUUUACCUGGGGAAAAUGUCAAACUGGCGAUUUUGUGAACUAUAAAUGUUCAACCUUUUAAAAGUAAUUUAAAUAUGGAAACAAAUGACUGAUAUUUAAGUUGAUGUUAUAGUAGAAAAAAAAUGUGAUUCAUCCUGUAUUUUGAUUGUUGCUUUAAUAAAGGGUUUGCACAGGU